UCGGUUCCUCGGUGGUGCCUUCUCGGCAUGGCUUCUUGGGGUGGUUCGUUUGGGCCCUCUUUGGUCGGCUUAUUUGCGUGGGCUGUUUUGGUCUUUGCGUGGUCGGUUCGGCUGCGAUGCUUCUGGUGUUUUGUCUGGCGGCUUCCGCCUUCGUCAGGCGAUGGGGUGCAGUGGAGGGUACCCGGAGUAAGGGGGCCUCUGCGCAUGUUUCACGAUGACUUUGGACUAGAUGGCUGUGGCACCACCGGUGUGCUGUAUGAAAACAAAUCGUGGUUGCUCCAUUGGUUCACACUGGCUCAAAAGACACCCCGUGGUACUCCUGCGUCGACAAUACCACAAAGCAUUGUUCCACAAGCAUUACCACCUCACCGACCCCACAGCACGGUUCUCGGUCGUCCUCUGGAAUGUGUUUACGCCUAAACCGCGUCUGAUCCCUCGGGGGGCCUGGGUAGCAGUUAGCUGUCCCUCUGCUAUGGAAGUGAGUAUCCUUCUGUCUCAUAACCCUUACCCUCUGCUUCGGGUGCCUGAAGCUGGGGUGUCCGGGCUGGGG